GGGAACAAGGGUUAGCUAGACAAGACUGCGGGAUGUGGCAAUAUUAUCUCUUAUUCCUCCCUCCCCCAAUCUUAUAGGUAAGUUGCUUCUGCCCUUUAAUUUUAUAUAUAUAUAUAUUUCCCUUUCUGCUUUGGCAGCAAGCGUAGAACAAAGAGCAGCGGAUGUGGAGGGCAUGGCAGGGAAUCACAGGAUCCUAGAGUUGGAAGGGAUCCUGCGGGUCAUCUAGUCUAACCCCCUGCAAUGCAGGAAUAUGCCGCAGCCCCAUACGCGGAUCGAACCCGUUUUGCCUUUGCCGCUGCCGAGUUUCGUACCUAAUCUUUUAAUCGGCGUCUUAUUUUUUCUUAUCACUCUUCCUACUUCUUUGGGUAAGCUGCCCUGGGAACCUUUCUAGGGGGCAAGAUUAAAAAAUCCUUCGAGCGAAGAAGGAAGGCUCAGCCUCGGAAUCUCGUUUUCAGUACCAGGCCGACGGGAAUCUAGUAAUACAUAGGGAAAGACCAAGACGGUGUCUCUGCGCACGUGCAGAGCGUGAAUCCCUCGCCGCUGAGUUUUAUCUCUCCGUGUGUUUUGCAACGGCUUCCGGAAGAGGAAUUCUUCAGAAGUGAAGCGGUGCGCCGGGGUUGAGGCGGGCCGGCGGAGGUCGCCUCCCCUUCGCCGGGGGCAGAGUCCCCCACGUGGGCAGGAGGUGGUUAACUGCAGCCUGACACCCAGCCCCCUUUUGUUUCCUGUAAGUGACACCCAGGCACCCGCAGCCAAUGGCUGGGCGGUGUAACAGGAGCUGCGGAGCUGUCCCUGGGGGAGGCCUCUCCGCGUCUUCGAUGGGCUCCAGAAACUUUCCUCCGCCGCCCUCCUUUCACUCUCCCCAGCUCCUCUGCGCCCCCACUUUUACUUCCUCCCCGGCCCUUCUGCACAUCCUCCCCUUCGGGAUCCGACCCCUGCGGAAAAGGAAGCACGCCCCGACCUCCUCCCGAGCACUUUCCAUGACCCUCGGGGCGCCUGCGAGAACCCCACCCCCCUUGUCCCAGCCUGCUCCCUCCCUCUCCUCUCCGAUCUUCCUCUUUUGUGCUUCUGCUGUUUUAACCCCAUCCUUCCGCUGACACUUUGCCAGCCACGCUCCCCGCCCCCCCCCCUUUCCACUGUCAGCCCCGUUCUUGACCCACCCACCCCCGCUUUCUGGGCUGAUGGUAUCGCACCAAUCCUGCACCUUGCCUUCUUCGCUGUGCUGGCGCGCUGCCCUUUCUCCACCCCGCGCUGCAACCUGUCCAUUCUUGUGCCAGUGCGUUUGCUGAAUUUUCUGAAUCUAGCGCUGCUGCUGUCUUCCUUUGCGUGCGCGCACACACACACCCUGCAACCCACGCUGAUGCUGCUUGGAAACCUCCUUCGCCUGCUGCCCUUGCUCCCUGGGUUAAGACGCUCCCUCUGGACAGAAUGCUGAGCCCCACGUACAAGCAGCGCAACGAGGAUUUUCGCAGGAUCUUCAAGGGACUGCCUGAAACGGAGCGGCUUCUUGUAGAUUACUCCUGUGCGCUGCAGCGUGACAUCUUGCUUCAAGGGCGGCUUUACCUAUCGGAGAACUGGAUCUGCUUCUACAGCAACAUCUUCCGAUGGGAGACCACGAUCUCCAUCCAGCUGAAGGAGGUGAAGUGCAUCAGGAAGGAGAAGACGGCCAAGCUGAUCCCCAACGCGAUUCAGAUCUGCACAGAGACCGAGAAGCAUUUCUUCACCUCAUUCGGGGCCCGUGACCGCUGCUUCAUGCUGAUCUUCCGCCUCUGGCAGAAUACGCUCCUGGAUAAGACGUUGUCCCCUCAAGAGCUCUGGCACAUUGUCCACCAAUGCUAUGGCUCUGAACUUGGCCUCACCAGUGAGGAUGAUGAUUACGUCUCUCCCAUCGAUGAGAUCAACGGUUUGGGAAGCCCCAAAGAGACUGGGGAUGUCAUUGACCUGAGCGACUUGACUUCCCGCUGCAGCACGGACCUCAAGCUGGACACCAGCCCCCUCCUAGACAAAAGGGACGCCAGUCAGAGCAUCAACUCGCUGGCCAGCAGUAGUGACGGGACCACCUCGCUGGCAGAGGACCCAGAUGAGAACACUGACAGCCAAGUGGAUGCCUCUUCCAGCCACACAGUGACCUCAGCAACAGAACCUCCCAGGGACGAUUUGCCACAAGGGCCGCCAAUGUCCCCCCUGGAGGGGGACCCACUCCCCAGCGAGGAGCUCCCCACGGACAUGAGCAAUUCUUCCUCCUCAACGCAAGAUGAAGCCGAGGUGGACGCUUUCUUUUCGGACCUGCCGGGGCGGUUGCUCAUCAACACCGUUUAUCAUGUUGGAGCCGAAAGGCUGCAGCAGAUGCUCUUCAGCGACUCCCAGUUCAUACACGGCUUCUUGGACCAGCGCAAGUUCACAGACGUGGCGCUGACUUCGUGGACUGGCGACAACAAGUGCCACCAAAGCCGCGUCAUCUCCUACACAAUCCCCAUCACCAACCCGUUAGGCCCCAAGGCUGCAGCUGUAGUGGAGACUCAGACUCUGUUCCGUACCAGCUCCAAGAGCGGGGGCUGCGUGGUCGACUCGGAAGUGAUCACACAGGGGAUCCCGUACCAGGACUACUUCUACACAGCGCAUCGAUACUGUAUUACUGCUGUGGCCAAGAGCAAGGCCCGACUCAGAGUGUCCUCUGAGAUCCGGUACCGGAAGCAGCCAUGGAACCUGGUGAAAACGCUCAUUGAGAAAAACGCCUGGAGCGGCGUGGAAGAAUACUUUCAGCACUUGGGGCUGGCGCUGGUGCAGGCAGAGAAGGCCCUGCUGGAAGAGAGCUGCCAUGGCAAGGAGCCGCGGGGGCUCCUGUCCGGUCUGCGCCGCCGGAAGCGCACCCUGAGCUGGAGAGCCCCCCACGUUGAGCCCCCACUCCCCACGUUGCCUGACGGUGAGGGGGCAGCCCGCACCAUCCGUCCCUCAGGCAGCCUGACCUCUCGGCUCUCGGAGCAGCUGUCGGAACAAAGCCAAGGCCAGACCGUCUCCACCGUGAUUCUCAUCAUCAGCUUGGUGAUCUGUGUGAGCCUUGUGGUCUUGGUUAUCCUGAACAUGAUGCUGUUCUACAGGCUCUGGUCUCUGGAGCACACAGCCCGGACCUUUGAAUCAUGGCAGGCCUAUGCGCUCUCCAGUGGAAAGCUACCACAGACGGCAUCUGAAUGGGCCGAGAUCCUGGAGCUGCAGAAGCGGUUUCACAGUGUGGAGGUUCAGAAGUGGAAGCAGAUCCUCAAGGCCUCUGUGGAGCUUCUAGAUGAGAUGAAAAUCUCCCUUGAGAAGCUGCACCAGGGCAUCACGGUGGCUGAGCCCCCCUUGGAGCCGGAGUGAAACCCCCAGCGCUCCCUCUCUCCCAAGGAUGUUGCUCCGAAACUGCUGCUGGGUCGGUGGCACCCACCUCCCGUGGCCGGCGUGCGACCGAGGGGACGACAUUCCACUCCUCGCCAGACCAACAGCUGGACCUUAGCCUCAAGAGUGCCACUCGCAGGGAUGGAUUCCACCGCCACCACUUUCCUGCUUCGGGGAUCUUUCUCCCGGAGCAUCUUCCUUCUCUCUUCUUCUCUCUGAGGGUCUCUGCAGUGACUUCAUUUUAUCCCCUCCCCCUUUAAGUGCUAUUUAUAUUCCUCACAGGACCCCAGAGAGCUUUUGACUUCUGCUGCUCCAGCAUCCUUUCUCUACCUUCUUUCCAGCUGUUGUUCGGAGUGUGUGUGACUGGGAACUUUAGUGGACAGGUGGCGGUGCCUGUAUCUCUUGUGUUGAGAUUUCACCCAACAGCUGGGACAGCAAGGACCCGCUUUCCUCCUCCAUGUUGAGGGCAAUCGAUCUGUGAUUUCCUUCUCUCUCACACACACAAGUGGUUGAGAGAUGGGAAACCAAGAGUCCGUAUUGAAUCCUUCCUUGCUCCCUCUCCUCCUGUUUCCAUCCUUUGGCGAGCCCGAUUGUUUUAUUAAAGGGAUCUUCUCGACAACAUUACCUCUGACAGAAGGGGGAAAGGGUAGGCAUGGCCCUGAACAUUAUGUGGCCAGAAAUCUGAUUUACAGAAGUUGGAGAGCUUCUGAGACCCUUGAGGGGGUUCUGUGCCCCUUGCCCACGUGAGAGUUAACCUAGAGCAGGGAUGGCCCUCCAGAUGUUGAUGGACUACAGCACCCUUCAUCUCUGACUGCUGGCCAUGGUGGCUGGGGCUGAUGGGAGCUGGAGUCUAACAAUAUCUGGAGGCCCACAGGUUCCCCAUCCCUGACUUAAGAGCAUGCCCAGGCAAGGGAGCCAAAGGCAGCUGGGGAAGCAGCUGGGUCAAACCCACCACUGAUCCCAUUUGUGCAUUUCCAUCACUGGUGUGGGGGUGGGCAGCGAGUCCGGGAGUACCCCAGUCUAUGCCGAAAGCUUUCUGGCUUUGGGAGGUUUCUGCUGCGCCAGCUGCCCUAAUCCGUUAUUUACCGCAACGAAAAUGCCAAACUCACCUUUUAUUUUUUUUUAUUUUCUUGAGAGUAGGGCAGUCUGAAUGAGUGCAGCACAGUGGCCACAGAGUCGGGGCUCCUGGGUUUUAUUUUUAUUUAUUUUUACUCCCAUGUGGACAGCAACACGCUCCUAGACUCCAGGACUCCUUUGCCCGAUUCCUCCUAGGCCCGUCUCCCAGGCAACAAAUGGGCUUUGCCAAGGCCUAGCCGUACUGUCACUUUAAAAUGAGGUUGCACUGCCAGUCAGGGCCCCAGGUGCCCUUCAGAUACUGCCUGAGGGGGUUUCUCAUCUUGAAAUCCACCCCCUCCUGGGGAGGGGUGUGUGUCUGCCAGCCCUAUGUUCUCCACUCCCGACUCAAGACCUUGGAAGGCCCAGGUUUCUGAUGACCUCCCCCUUUCUCCCUUCUCCCCCCUCACCAAGGUUGUGGCGAGGGGGCUCCCCCCCCCAGUUUUGUAGCUGUGUUCAGUGUUAACGAUCCUUUGUGUUCAAGGUUCCACAGAGGUGCUGGGGCUUAUUUAUUAGGGAGCGGAAUAAAGACCGUGGAUCGGAAUCUC